AUGGUAUGGGUCGGGGUCUAUGUUGCAGUAGCAUCUUUAGUCUGCUCCAUAGCUAUGGCUGCGGACGCCUUCCAUGGGUUCCGCCACAAAAAACUGUGGUUUCCAUGCAAAUUUUUCUCUCUCAAUGCUGCUUCUCUGACAAUAUUAGCUGUAGCAAUGAAACUGCCUGUGGAUCUAAGCACAAACAUGCCACGCAAAAAGGAUCAGCUGGCAAAACUCAGCAGCACCGCCUUGAUGUCUACAGCAAUAGGUAAUUUUAUGCCAUCUUUAGGAACCAUGGAUGACACAGAAAUCCUAAUGAACAUGACAGCCUUGGCUAUUCUGGUAACCACCAUCCUUGCAAAUGUCUGCAUCCAAUUAGGCACUGGCCUAAUAAAUAGAAAUCUUAUUGUAGAACAUAUUGCAGUUAUGUUUUUCAUGUUUGUUUUGCUUGUCAUAUUGAGUUUCUCAGCCUUGACAGUUUCAACCACUAAAAAACAUUUACAGCUGAAGUAUAGUGAUUUACAUAAAAUCACUUCAACUGAAGAAUCAGUGGGAAUUGGAAUGGCCACCACCCAAAAACUAAAAGAUUAUGUGAAAAAGUAUUGGAUGAUGGCUGAAACAGGUAGCCCUCAAUUUGUGAUGGCGCGUUCUGUGAACUGCUCUGCUUUAGGGGCAAUAUGUUCUCUGACUACUGUCAUUUUAUUAGAAGCGGAGCUGAGGACGUACUUUACAGACAGAUGUUUUUACAGCGUUCCCUACGAACAAUUUUAUGAUCAGUAUGUUAUGACUCUCGAUUCCGAUUAUAAGUGGUCAGUUUUGUUCAUUCUUGUGAUUCAGACUAUCGGGGUGGUAGUAGGUACAACUGGGCCAGUUUUUAGAUGGUUCAUUGCCACAAUAUUCAAGUGCUCAGUAAAAAAAGGCAAGAGCAGCAAAACUGAGUGGAAGACGGAGUAUUACUGGAUCAGAACGCUGGUAGGGUGGCGAGAGAGACCCUUGGCUUUACGCUUCCGGAGCCAAAAUUGCAGAAAACUUGUUCACAGCACAAAGAAUCGAAUUCUGAACUUCUGUAUUGGAGUUCAGAUUGUGAUCGUCACGGCUAGCAAAUUAGUUUUGCUCAUCUCCAGUUUCCUACUAAGCCCGUUGUUGUCAUGUUUCCACUGCUGCAAGGUCUUAAAGCAGAAGCUCCUGUCUAAAUCUAAUGCCUCAAGCAAUCACACAGGAUCAGAAUUGGAACCUGGUACCCAACUGGAUCUUAGCCGUUUUGUUCUGUAUCUUGACGGUGAGGCGGAACUGCCCCCACAGAUCAUGAACAACAUCAGUAAUGCUACAGAUCAUUUGAUUCAGAUAGGUAAAAAGCAGCAGCCUAAAUAUCUUAAAGAGCUUUUAGGGAAAUCUACUGGUUUCGAAGGAGUGGCAAAGUUUGAUGUUGACCAAAUUCCAUCUCUGAAUUUUAAAGAACCACCCAACUCUUGGACUCUGCCUUUGGUUACACUAACAAGCAUCGCCAUUGCACUUCCUAACAUUGAAAAUCAGAAGAUGAAGCAGUUGCACAGAAGCAUAAGUGAAGGCCUCUUGUAUGUCAGCCUUGUAGAAAAAAUCCUUGAUUCCAAAGCUGACUUGGUAAACAUUAGAAAGAAAGCAGAGAGAGUGUGGGAAGGAGUUGAUCUCUUCCGCAAGUGGCUUGAUAAAGAUCUUCGAAAUAUCGCUGUUGAAGGAAAAACCUCAAAGAAGACUCUGGAGACACUAGUUAACAUAGCUAAAACUAUUGUCAUGGAAUAUAAGGCAGGGAUGAAUGGGCAGGAGAACCCAUUGAACUGGCCCAUGGAGGUUAUUGCUGCUAAUUCAAUGUACAGAAUCAGCCAAACUUUGCUGCUAGACCAUGAAGGCAGCGAAUACCAGAUGGAUCAUGAAACACUGUUUGAGCAAUUAUCUGUUAUGGUCGCGGAUAUAUUGGGUGCUUGUCUUACCAACUUACCGCAUGUUAUAACUACGGAAUGCUAUUGCAGUGCCAUAGAAGAGAGGGAGAAAAGUGUCAAACAUGCAGCUCGUCUUCUUGGUGAAACUGAAGAGAUUCUCGAUAUCCUUCAACAGCGUGAACUCCCUAGUCUGAAUCCUGAUCAAGCGGCUAAUAUCAAUGAGUGGCGUGCUUCGAUGAAGAAAGAAGAUCCCUUGGCCUUUACUUCUUCAUCCAACAAUGGUGCAUCUUCUUUUGGUUCUAGUAAGUCUAUUGAGUAG